GGCGUACCAAGUGUUCUAGGAUACUUCAAGUCCCAGAAUCCCCGGCUUCGUCGGCCGUGCUGGAGUCUCAGCAAUGGCAGCUCCAGGCAGAGACACAUGUGCGGCCGGCGAGGCAUCAAGGCCGCGGGGUGUGAACAUGCAGAGUUCCAUACUGGAGCGGGUGCCGUCGCUGCUGACGGACCUGUACCACUUCACCAUGGCCUACGCGUACUGGCGGGCCGGGCGCCACCAGGACUGUGCGGCCUUCGAGUUGUUCUUCAGGGAAAAUGCUUUCUGUGGCGGCUUCACGCUCUUCGCGGGACUCCACGACUGUCUCAACUACCUCAACUAUUUCCACUUCUCAGACCAAGACGUGGACUUCCUGCGUUCCGUCUUGCCGCCAGCCACCGACCCGGCCUUCUUCCAGUUCCUGCGAGGUCUGGACUGUUCGGGCGUCACGCUGCGCGCCGUCCCAGAGGGCACGGUGGUCUUUGCCCGGGAGCCUCUGAUGGAAGUUACUGGUCCGCUGAUUGUGGUUCAGUUGUUGGAGACCAGUCUGCUUUGUCUGGUCAACUACGCCAGUUUAGUUUGCAGUAACGCUGCCCGCUUCCGCCUGGCAACUGGCCACAAGAGGAAACUUCUGGAGAUGGGUCUCAGAAGGGCUCAGGGGCCAGAUGGAGGGCUGACGGCGUCCAGAUACUCUUAUAUUGGAGGCUUUGAUAUGACCAGUAAUGUUCAGGCUGGUUUGCUGUUUGGGGUCCCAGUUUCAGGGACUAUGGCUCACUCGUACGUCACCUCUUUCACGUCUCUGGAGGAGGCCCUGCCCCAAACUCUUGUCGCUGUGAACGGGAACCGUGACCCGGUAGACUUAAUCUCGCUCACCAAGAGUUGGCUGAGUCGAGUGUGUAAGCUUCUGGGGGCGGACCCUGAGAAGAUCCACGAAGGGGAGUUGGCGGCAUUCCUGUCUUACGCCAUCGCCUACCCCCAGAAUUUCCUGCCAGUGAUUGACAGCUACAGUGUCCCCUGCAGUGGUCUGUUGAACUUCUGUGCCGUGGCGUUGUCGCUGUGUGAACUGGGCUACAGACCGCUGGGAGUUCGAUUGGACAGCGGGGAUCUCUGCAAGCAAUCGCUGGUGGUCCGAAGUGUCCUGAGACUCUGCAGUGAGCAUUUCUCCAUCUCGGCCUUCGACUCGCUGACCAUUGUUGGGAGCAACAACAUCUCAGAGCAAACCAUGGUGGAACUCAACACCAAGGAGAACGAAAUCGACGUGGUCGGUGUUGGAACGCAUCUGGUCACCUGCACCAAACAGCCCUCGCUGGGUUGUGUGUACAAGCUCGUGGAGGUACAAGGCAAGCCAAGGAUGAAGAUCAGCGAGGAUCCGGAGAAGAGCACGGUCCCAGGAAGGAAAGCAGUCUACAGGCUGAGUGACGCCGACGGACAUCCUUUUCUGGACCUGCUGUGUCUGGCACUGGAGUCUCCGCCCGAGGCCGGCCGUCCUGUGAUCUGCCAUCCUCUGGGCGCCUGUGACACGCCUCUCACCGUCACGCCAGCUGAGGUCACCUGUCUUCGCCAGGAAAUGUUUACAAAAGGGCAGGUAUAAAAGUAAGUGCAUCUCUAUCCUCCUUCAAAAGGGCACUAAAACAACACCUGCAGACAACUUCAACCCGAGACUAACACCCUCCCCCCACCACAUCCCACCUGCCCGGAUUGUAAAUAAUCAAACCUUAUGCUAUGUGAACUGACUAUGUUCUCUGCUGGCUGUACAUAUCCUACUAAGUCACACAGACACUGUUUCAAUGUCCACUUCUCUCACAUGAUAUCAUUGUUGACUGAAGUACUGAUAUCAACCAAACCUAACUCCACCCCCCGGAUUGUAAAUAAUGUAAAUAAUUCAAUGUAUAUACUAUGAUGAUUAACUUGUGUGAUGACUGUAUUAUGUUGAUAGUAUAUAUUUGUAACAUGAAUUGAUUAACGUGGACCCCGACUUAAACAAGUUGAAAAACGUAUUGGAGUGUUACUAUUUAGUGGUCAAUUGUAGGGAAUAUGUACUGUACUGUGCAAUCUACUAAUAAAAGUUUCAAUCAAUUGAAAAACUAGUUUGCUAACUCGUUGCCAUUUACCUUUGCUAUUGGUACUAAAUAUAUCAACUUUUUUGUCUAUUUGUGCUUCACGCUUAAAAUGUUUGUCUUUGGCCCAGCGCCCUUUGGCACCUUUUUACCUUGGCCCCUGAUCUAAAAUGUCUGGCCCUAGUCGUCCUGCAGCGCUUUGACUUGUGUAAAGUUGGACAGCCAGGUAUUAUCUACAGUAAAUAUCCUAAGGCCAUUUAGGAAAGGCAAACAUGGUUUGCUGCACAACAGCUAAGUACUCAAUAGCACAGAAGCUAGACACUGCUAGAUUGGACAAUUUUGCAGUCUAAAACUCACAUUUGUAAACCCAAACAAAUAUCAAUUGUAGCUGCAUACUACUUACACAUACAUCAAGGCAGAAGUCUAUUAGAAAUGACCCAGUAACAAACGUGUCCGCAUCAUUCAGCAGACUGUCACAUGAGCUCAAUUUAAUGAAUUUUUGUGGCCACAAGGUGUCGCCAAAAACAUUUACCACUCCACUUAGUUCAGCCCUAAUGGUUGAUAAUACAUAGGUCAGCGUUUUUUUUUUUCAUUUUUUGUCCUUACCAUUGUUUUUCUCUUUUUGAGUCAUUUAAGUGGAUCUUUUCUCAAAUUCAAACUACAAAUUAAUAAAAGUAUCUGCAAUAUGCUUCUUUUGUAUUAGAAGUGAAUAAUUUCAGAUUUCUCAUUUUUUUGUCCCUUUUGAAAAGUGUAUCAAUGUACUUCAUGUAAAAUAAAACUAAUUCAAAUAUAAUAUACACCUCAUUGUACAUUUAACACAGGUAGGAAGUCAGCUGGGGUUACUUUUCCAGCCUUCUGAUUGGACAAAACCGACAUGACAGCCAGUGAAUGUGUUUUUCACAUUUUUUUUUCCAAACAACACAAGUUUGUUAAAAAAAAU